UUGUCUGUCUCUAUUGGCAACACUCUUGGCACCAAGUUCUGUAUUUGUCAAGAUCUAGUCCAGAGAGUGAAAUCUCCAAGAAUAAUUAAUACAUGGAAUUCUUCAAAGGUGCUAGAGGACUAAAUAUAUAAAGGGAAUCCAGAAUCCUGAAGUGCAUAGAGGUAUGAGUUGUCAGAAAGAACCUUACACUUUGAGGAGUAGAUGGCAGGGAAGUUCGGGUUCGUAAUUGGUCUAAUACAUUUACUCUCGGACUGUAGAAGACAUUACCCAGGUGGCGCUGUUAGCUUAGGGGCCCAGGUAAGGGGUACAGAGGAACUAACAGCUGUACUUUGUAUCAGGUAUUGCUGGUUACUUAGAGACUUGGAAGAUGGCCUCCCAAAACUAUGAUUCAGUUCUCAGAGAAAGAAGCAUUAUCCUGGUGGGUCUUGUGUCAGUGUCCUUUGUGUCUUGUCCUAGAACCUCCGAGUAAGGAGUACUGACUGACUGGUGAGAGUCACCCAGUACCAGAGGAUGGCUCUGUUCAUCUGGUUCUCAGGCUCCUGAAGAGAGUACACACUAUGCAGCUAGUGUUCAUUCCUUCCCCUAGUAUAGGGAGGUAGAAGGGGUGGAGAAGAGAGAGUGAGAGAUGUCACCACCGCACUGCUCGACUACCUAUGGAGUGCCCUGUGCUAACUAUUCCUGCCGCUGCUUCAAACCCAGGGACCCGUGUAUGGUGAGGCACCUGUCCUACAAGUACUGCAGCUGUCUGAUAGUCCAGCUCUCCCGUGACACAGAUCUAUAAAGUUCAGCUCUGAACCUUGAACAGCUGAGAAGAGAAGCUGAACCAAUAGUGUCUCAUACCCUGUUUUCCAGCUCUGGACAGACACCUCUAUACUAGUAUAAUGUCAAUGGAUGAAGCCAUGGUGCAAAUCAGAGUCACUCUUCUGUUACUAUGUCUGGGAGUGUCUCUGUCCAUCGCUGCUCACUCUCAAGCCAAGUCUUCUCAGUUCUCUUCUCCAGAACUGGUGAUCCCUUUGAAGAUGACUGGCAAGGGCAGAGGUACCAAGACUUCCAACUGGCUCACCUAUCGCCUGAAGUUUGGGGGCCAGAUACACAUUAUUCACACGAAGGUUAAGAAGCUCUUGGUCUCCAGACAUCUCUCAGUCUUCACCUACACAGAUCAGCACAUCCUCCAGCAGGAUCAGCCUUUUGUUCCUGACAAAUGCUACUACCAUGGUCACGUAGAAGGGGUCCCUGGGUCCCUGGUUGCCCUCAGCACCUGCUCUGGAGGUCUGCGUGGAGUGCUGCUGAUAAAUGAUCUUGUUUAUGAAAUUGAGCCAGUCAGGUUUUCUGCCACUUUUGAACACUUGAUGUAUAAGGUCAACAAAGAUGAUGCGCAGUUCCCACCCAUGAGGUGCGGCUUAACAGAGGAGGAGCUGGCACGUCAGCUGCGGUUCCAGGAGUCAUUUAAUUCCACUUCAAUGCAAAGUUCUUAUGUGGGUUGGUGGACUCACUUGCGAUUUAUUGAGUUGUUGGUGUAUGUGGAUCACUUUCGAUAUCUUUACUGUAACAGCAAUGUCUCAGUUGUGCAGCAGGAAGUCUCUGAUGUUGUCAAUGUGAUGGACCUCUUCUAUCAGCCCUUAGAAGUCCGUAUUUGUUUGACUGGGAUUGAAAUCUGGAGCCAAAGAAAUCCACUUCCCACUGAUGACAUAAAUAGACUUUUGGAGUUUUUUACCAUCUGGAAGUAUUUUAAUUCAGCUAACCAACCAUCACAUGAUGUUUCCCAUGUUUUUAUUAAAAAGUCUUAUGGUGUAACACUUGGUGUUUCCUAUGUUGGAUCGGUCUGCCAAUUUCCUUUCAAUUCUGGAAUUGAUUCCUUUGAGGACAGAAGUCUGGCUCUUUUUGCCCUUACUGUAACUCAUGAACUUGGUCAUAAUUUGGGCAUGAAACAUGACACAGAAGAGUGUAAAUGUGAACUUCAGUUCUGCAUAAUGUAUCCUGCUAGAAAGAACACAUUUAAAUUCAGCAACUGUAGUUAUGCCGAAUAUUGGGACUAUACUAUGAACAUGGGGUUAUGUAUCCACUCCCCUCCACGCCCAGAGAACAGGUUGCAGUAUUGCGGGAACCUGGUGGUAGAGAAAGGUGAGGAGUGUGACUGUGGCACCGCACACCAGUGUGUUAGGGAUCCCUGCUGUCUGCUGAACUGUACGCUGAAGCCCGGCGCUGCCUGUGCUUCUGGAACGUGUUGCAAAGACUGCAAGUUCCUGCCACCAGGGACUUUGUGCCGACAACAGGUCAGCGAAUGUGACCUUCCAGAGUGGUGCAGUGGUAAAUCUCGUCAUUGCCCAGAAGACGUUUACAUGCAGGAUGGGAUUCCCUGUGGCGCCAAUGCCCACUGCUACCACGCACGAUGCAGAAGUCAUGAUGAACAGUGCAGAGGCAUUUUUGGCCAAGAUGCCCGGAGUGCACCUCGGACUUGCUACGCAGAACUCAACACCCAAGGAGAUCGAUUUGGUCACUGUGAUAUUAUAGACACAACAUACAUAAAAUGUGAGGACCCUGACGUCCUGUGUGGGAGAGUUCAGUGUGAAAAUGUGGAAAUAAUCCCCCUUCUGGUAGAGCAUUCUACAGUGCACCACCUUCAGCUGAACGGUACCACUUGCUGGGGGACUGAUUAUCAUGUGGGGAUGUCCAUACCUGAUAUUGGCCAAGUGGAAGAUGGUACAGUGUGCGGUCCGAAAAAGAUCUGCGUCCAUAAGAGGUGUGUCAGAAUGGCUCAGCAACCACAGAGCUGCCAGCCUCGGACCUGCCACAUGAAGGGAGUCUGCAAUAAUAAGCAGAACUGCCACUGUGACCGUGGGUGGGCACCACCCUACUGCACUACCAAAGGCUACGGAGGCAGUAAGAAUAGUGGCCCACCUCCUAAGAACCAAAUCGUAGGGUUAAAGUCACGGGGAAAUUGGCAUUCCCUGUCGACCUUGUGGCUUAUUCCUCUGAGCGUUUUGAUUUGCUUUUGUUUCCUGGUGCUUUGUAAGAGAAAAAGGAAGAAAGGUCAAAGUUAGGAAAAAGAAGACUCACUAUGAAGGAAGCAGCAGGAAAGGAAUGAGGUUAAAGUAGAAGUAAGACUAAGACCCCCUACUUUGUGGGGAAAAAAAAAACCCAACAAACCCAACU